CGCUGCUUCCUGGAGCUGCUGGGCCUCGGCGUGGGGAACAUGAGCCGCAUCUACCACGACAGCGUCCUCCGCAACAAGGCUGUGCAGAGCGUGCGACUGCCGGGGACCUGGGACCCCGCCGCCCACCAAGGGGGAAAUGGCGUCUUACUGGAGGGAGAGCUGGUGGAUGUAUCUCGGCACAGCAUCUUGGAUGCCCAUGCCAGGAAGGAGCGCUACUAUGUCCUGUAUAUCCGGCCCAGUUGUAUCCACCGACGAAAGUUUGACCCCAAGGGAAAUGAAAUCGAGCCCAACUUCAGUGCCACCAGGAAGGUGAACACAGGCUUCCUCAUGUCAUCUUACAAGACGGAAGCCAAGGGGGACACUGACAGGCUCACACCAGAGGGGCUGAAGGGCCUAGUAAACAAGCCGGAGUUGCUGAAGCUGACAGAGAGCCUCACCCCAGACCAGACAGUGGCAUUCUGGAUGCCUGAGUCAGAGAUGGAGGCAAUGGAACUUGAGCUGGGAACUGGAGUGCGGUUAAAAACUCGGGGUGAUGGCCCCUUUAUAGAUUCCUUAGCCAAACUGGAGCUGGGGACAGUGACCAAGUGUAAUUUUGCUGGUGAUGGAAAGACAGGGGCAUCCUGGACAGACAACAUCAUGGCCCAAAAGUCUUCAGAGAGGGCCACAGUGGAGACUCGAGAACAAGGAGAUGGAGCAGAGGAUGAGGAAUGGCCAGAAGAAAUUCAACAGCAGAUUGUUCGAGAGACUUUCCAUUUGGUCCUGAAGCGAGAUGACAACAUCUGUAACUUCUUAGAAGGUGGAAGUCUCAUUGGAGGCGCUGACUACAAACUGAUUUACCGGCACUAUGCCACCCUCUACUUUGUCUUUUGUGUGGAUUCCUCAGAGAGUGAACUUGGGAUCUUGGACCUCAUCCAGGUUUUUGUGGAGACUCUGGAUAAGUGUUUUGAAAAUGUAUGUGAAUUGGAUUUGAUCUUCCAUAUGGAUAAGGUGCACUACAUCCUUCAGGAGGUGGUGAUGGGUGGGAUGGUGCUGGAAACAAACAUGAAUGAAAUCGUGGCUCAAAUUGAAGCUCAGAACAGGUUGGAGAAGUCAGAGGGCGGCCUUUCAGCAGCCCCUGCGAGGGCUGUGUCUGCUGUGAAGAGCAUGAACCUUCCUGAGAUCCCGAGGAACAUCAACAUCGGCGAUCUCAACAUCAAAGUUCCCAACCUGUCCCAGUUUGUGUGAAGGUGGAGGACUGGGCUGAACUGGGGUCCUUCAGAUGAGCAACCACCGGAACCCUGUUGAGCCCCUAGAGUCGCACCUUGGGACACUUUCACAGAGUGGGAAGGGAGUUGGGUGCACGCUGCUUGGCCAUCCUGCUGCUCUCUGAUACACAUGGCUGUGGUGGACAUCAGCGCACUAAGCCUCCCACACACAGCUACCCUUGGGGUUGGGGACUGUGGAACAAGCCACCUGCUCCCCAGGGCCCCACCACUGGAACUGAACACAUCUGACUUCCUCCCUAGCACCCAGGGCUUCUGAGAUCCUAUAUCACUCAGUGGGCAAGAGACCAGGGAGAAGGGCCAGCCUUUCAGAUGACAGGUGUGUGGAGUGGCAGGGUGUAUGGUGGCUCUGCUAGGGCCUGUACUCCUAGAACCCCUUUGCAUAACCAAGCCUUUUGGUCAGCAGUUGCUGCAGAGCACAUUUUCCCCACUGGCAUGUUCCCAGUUUUGAUGCCACAAGCAUCUAUGUGCUAGACACAAUUUAAAGCAUGCUUUGGGUGCAUGUCACUACCCCAGCCAAUAGGGAGGGCACCCACCCACACCCACACAUACCCCAAAACCCUGUUCCAGAUGAGACCGGUGUCUAUAGAAUAUCAAGGCUGGAUCUUCCCAGAGUUAUGACUCUUCCCAAGUUUAAAAUAUGUUGUCCUCCUGGAAGCAGAAGGUUCAGAGGCUGUGUUGUGAGUGAUGAAUCAUUUCCCCUUGCUCAGAAACCCACUGAGAAACCCAGUCUCAGAUUCUAGAACUGAGAGCCUGAACUGGGUGCUAUGUGGGCUGAGCCUGUAGCAUGCUAGCCAUAGUGUCAUAGUAUUCUCCAGUCUGUAUCCUGCAGUGAGCACACUGGGCUCCUUUGGACGAUGUUCUCCCAUAGCUUUGGAAACCUGUAAACGUUAACCUGUGCUGAGUCUUCUUUUUGUCACUGAUUUAGAGCUAACACGGCUGCUGGGAGCAUGCCCUCUUUUCCAUGCUGUCAGCUGGAUGUCAGGCAUGGUGUGGUGAGGGACUGAGUCACAUUCAUGGGGCACCUUCCCUCCUGCUGGCCAGGGCCCGAGUCCAUUUCCCACAGCCUUGUGAUGCUGCUGAAGGUCCUAGAAGCUUGUGUCAAGACCCAGCCUUUCUCAUUUUCCAGUGGGGUUUCUUGCACUUUGCCCAUUGCUGCCCACAUUGUCUUGUUCCCAUCUUUUCAGUCCUCUGUUGGAACCGCAGUAAUGGGCAGUUUGCUAGAGGACAAGAUCUGAGACCAAAUCACUAAUGCCAUCCUCUUGAAGCAUUUUAUUUUUAUUUUAUUGCCCCUUUUACAAUGACUGGAUAU